AACAUGCUUGAAGAGCUAUUAAUUCAUAAGCCAGAUGAUCCCAUUGAGUUCAUGAUAAACCACUUAAAGCAAAACAAUGAUGAUGCUCCAAGAAUUUGUGUCCUUGGUCCACCUGCUUCUGGGAAAACUACAGUUGCAAUGUGGCUUUGUAAACAUUUCAAUGCCAUACGUGUCUCUCAGGAGACUUUGUUAUUCAAGGAAGCAUUAAGGCAGACAGAGGAAGCAAAGGCAUAUAAAGAAAGAAACCAGAAAAUUCCCAACGCGCUUUGGGCCAAUCUGAUCCAGGAGCGUCUGUCAAACGUGGACUGCAUCAAACAAGGAUGGAUUUUGGAAGGCUUCCCUGAAAACCAGGAGCAGGCAUGGAUGCUGCAAUCAUCUGGCAUUUUUCCUAGGCAUGUUGUUAUGCUCUAUGCCCCAGACACUGUGCUGAUUGAGAGGAGUGGUGGGAAAAGGCUGGAUCCCCUCACACAAGAGGUUUUCCACACAACCUUUGACUGGCCAAGUGACCCCCUGGUGCAGGAGAGGUUGGUGAAACCAGAAGAUCUGUCUGAGCAGGAGGUGUCCAAGAAGCUGCUGGAAUACCACAGAAACUUCCCCGAGAUUUUCCACAUCUACCAGAAGGUUCUGAAAUCCAUCAACGCAGACCAGCCCUCGGUGGAUGUUCUCUCACAGGUCCUUGCCUUUGUCCAAACCCGGCACCGUUCCGCCGCCCCCUUCACGCCCCGGAUUCUCUUUUUCGGCCCCCCAGGCAGUGGGAAGAGCCUGCAGGCAGCACUAAUAGCUCAGAAAUAUGAUGUUGUCAACAUUUGCUGUGGGCAACUGCUAAAGGAAGCUGUUGCAGACAACACAAAACUUGGAGAACUCGUUAAGCCUUACAUUGACAGUGGAUGCCCAGUGCCAAACAACCUGGUCCUGAAGCUGCUGACAGAGCGCCUGAGCUCCCUGGACUGCCUGAGCCAUGGCUGGGUGCUCUCAGGCUUCCCCAGGGAUGUGGAGCAGGGGGAGCAGCUGCAGAAAGCACAGAUCAACCCCAACAGGGUGUUCUUCUUUAAUCUGCCCUACGAGUCCAUCAUGGAGCGCCUGUCCCAGAGGAGAACUGAUCCUGUCACUGGGGAGAGGUACCACACCACAUUCAGACCAGCUCCCACCCCAGAGAUCCAGGCCAGGCUCAGGCAGAACCCCAAGGAUGAGGAAGAGAACAUUGAGAAGCGCCUGAACAUCUACUACAGCAAUGUCAAGGCCCUGGAGGAUUUUUACCAAGAUGCCUUUUAUGUCAAUGCUGACCAAGACCCUUAUGUUAUCUUUGAGUUCAUAGAAAGCUGUAUCAUUAAGCCCCUUCCAUGUAGAAAACCUUAGAAGUUUAAAAUUUAAAGGGAUGAUUUUUGGAAGAGUUGAUUUUAAAUUUUUCCCUGUAAUAUUUGCAGUCUGGUUGUUGAAGUGGCAGGUUAUGAGCAGGGAGGGGAAAUUCAGCCAAGCUGUGCUAAAUCUGAAGCUCACCAAGGCUGAGUGAAGUACAGAGGGUAAGAAAUUGGGCUUUAGAGGAAAGUUUUUGGCUUUUGUUUCAUGAUGCAAGAUAGGAAACACUGUGGCUGAGGAAGUCCUGUGUUUAAUUCAAAUUUUUUUUUCCUGUUUCUGAAUAGUAGUUUUGUCUUCACUAUGCAAGACCCAUGAAGCCAGUUUGGAGUAUUAAACCUCUUAGAUGUG